AUGAAUGACUCGUUACCCAAGAUCCUAAAGGCAGUUCUUUUCUUGGCCAACCUAUGUCGCUUUGAUGUGGCCUCUAAGAGACAGGCGGGGUCCAAGAGCUUACAGCUCGAUGCUGCAAAAAAUAUAGCCAAUACAGACGGCCAUAAAGACCUGGCCCCUCUCCCAGCAUCAACAGACCCAACACCUACAGACCCAACACUUACUGACCCAGCAUCUACAGACCCAACACCUACAGACCCAACACCUACAGACCCAACACCUACAGACCCAACACCUACAGACCCAACACCAACAGACACAACACCAACAGACACAACACCUACAGACCCAACACCAACAGACCCAACACCUACAGACCCAACAUUUACAGACCCAACACCUACAGACCCAACACCCACAGACCCAACACCCACAGACCCAACACCUACAGACCCAACACCUACAGACCCAACACCGACAGACCCAACACCGACAGACCCAACACCGACAGACCCAACACCGACAGACCCAACACCUACAGACCCAACACCUACAGACCCAACACCUACAGACCCAACACCUACAGACCCAACACCUACAGACCCAACACCUACAGACCCAACACCGACAGACCCAACACCGACAGACCCAACACCUACAGACCCAACACCUACAGACCCAACACCGACAGACCCAACACCGACAGACCCAACACCGACAGACCCAACACCGACAGACCCAACACCGACAGACCCAACACCGACAGACCCAACACCGACAGACCCAACACCUACAGACCCAACACCGACAGACCCAACACCGACAGACCCAACACCGACAGACCCAACACCGACAGACCCAACACCUACAGACCCAACACCGACAGACCCAACACCUACAGACCCAACAUCGACAGACCCAACACCGACAGACCCAGCACCUACAGACCCAACACCGACAGACCCAACACCUACGGACCCAACACCUACGGACCCAACACCUACAGACCCAACACCUACAGACCCAACACCUACAGACCCAACACCUACAGACCCAACACCGACAGACCCAACACCGACAGACCCAUCACCUACAGACCCAACACCUACAGACCCAACACCGACAGACCCAACACCUACAGACCCAACACCUACAGACCCAACACCUACAGACCCAACACCUACAAACCCAACACCUACAGACCCAACACCGACAGACCCAACACCGACAGACCCAACACCGACAGACCCAACACCGACAGACCCAACACCGACAGACCCAACACCGACAGACCCAACACCUACAGACCCAACACCGACAGACCCAACACCUACAGACCCAACACCUACAGACCCAACACCUACAGACCCAACACCUACAGACCCAACACCUACAGACCCAACACCAACAGACCCAACACCUACAGACCCAACACCUACAGACCCAACACCUACAGACCCAACACCAACAGACACAACACCUACAGACCCAACACCUACAGACCCAACACCAACAGACCCAACACCUACAGACCCAACACUUACAGACCCAACACCUACAGACCCAACACCUACAGACCCAGCACCCACAGACCCAACACCCACAGACCCAACACCUACAGACCCAGCACCCACAGACCCAACACCUACAGACCCAACACCUACAGACCCAGCACCCACAGACCCAACACCCACAGACCCAACACCUACAGACCCAGCACCCACAGACCCAGCACCCACAGACCCAACACCCACAGACCCAACACCUACAGACCCAACACCUACAGACCCAGCACCCACAGACCCAACACCUACAGACCCAACACCUACAGACCCAGCACCCACAGACCCAGCACCCACAGACCCAACACCCACAGACCCAACACCCACAGACCCAACACCGACAGACCCAACACCUACAGACCCAACACCUACAGACCCAACACCUACAGACCCAACACCAGACCCAACACCUACAGACCCAACACCUACAGACCCAACACCGACAGACCCAACACCGACAGACCCAACACCUACAGACCCAACACCUACAGACCCAACACCUACAGACCCAACACCUACAGACCCAACACCUACAGAUCCAACACCUUCAGACCCAACACCUACAGACCCAACACCAACAGACCCAACACCUACAGACCCAACACCUACAAACCCAACACCUACAGACCCAACACCUACAGACCCAACACCUACAAACCCAACACCUACAGACCCAACACCUACAGACCCAACACCUACAGACCCAACACCUACAAACCCAACACCUACAGACCCAACACCUACAGACCCAACACCUACAGACCCAACACCUACAGACCCAACACCUACAGACCCAACACCAGCAACAACACACAAACGACAGAACACAACAUCGCGAGAGAAAGAAAUCAGAAUUUGA